AUGGGCAUGGUGUGUUAUUACGGGCCCGGCAAUUACAAGAAUCCCAGUCAGAGUGAAUACGAAAGUGGAAGGGACAUUACGUUCAGGAACGGCAAUCAAAUGACAUUGGCCAUAACUGGCCGUCCAACGAUCGAGGCUAGAACCUUCCUCACUACUGGAACCAAUUCAAAUCGACGCCUGCUCAACAAGGAGCUGUCGUUCGAAGUGGACGUGACGGCCUGCGGCUGCGGCAUGAAUUUUACCCUGUGUUUCAUCUUGAUGGAGAGCGACGGCGGCCAGUCCAGUUUCGGCUACACGGGCGCCACUUACGGCACGGGCUAUUGCGAUGACUCCCAGCCGGCCGAGCUGGACAUUUGGGAGGCCAGCAACAGUUCGACCAGCGUCUAA